CCGACCUUCUUAAUCAUUCUCUUGCAAGGAAUUGCUCUGAGUAUUUCGAGAUGUCUGGAAGAGGCAAGACUGGUGGUAAAGCACGCGCCAAGGCUAAGACUCGCUCUUCUCGAGCUGGUUUGCAGUUCCCCGUUGGCCGCGUUCACAGGCUUCUGAGGAAAGGCAACUAUGCCGAGCGGGUGGGUGCCGGUGCUCCCGUUUAUUUGGCUGCUGUGCUUGAAUACCUGACUGCCGAAAUUCUCGAGUUAGCCGGCAAUGCUGCCCGCGAUAACAAGAAGACCAGAAUCAUUCCUCGCCAUUUGCAGCUGGCUGUGCGUAACGAUGAAGAGCUCAACAAGUUGUUGGGUGGCGUGACCAUCGCUCAGGGUGGCGUGCUGCCCAACAUUCAGGCUGUGCUACUGCCCAAGAAGACCGAGAAACCAGCUAAGAGCAAGUAAGCUCAGGCGCUUAUGACAACCAACGGCUCUUUUCAGAGCCACC